AUGAAGGCAUACUAUCGAUCAGGCGAUCAGCAUUCAGUGCGAUUACGCGAUAGGCGAUUGCGAGUAGGCGAGCUCGAGUUCAUCGAAUUAGACGAUAGCGAUUUGGCGGGAUUAGACCAGCCAGCAAUUGGCUUCAUACAUCGAGACUUGAAACCAGCCAAUGUGGCAGUCGGACGAAUCAAUACGCCGGAUUAUCGGUUUCUACACAUAUUGGAUUUCGGUUUGGCUCGUGAAUUUGUCGUACGAGGAGAUGAUCAAAAGCUUCAGAUGAGACGGCCGCGACCAAGGGCUCUGUUU